AUGGAUUUAUACGAUAGACCUGAUCUAAGCAUUGAAAAACAAUUUGCGUUGAUUUCGAAGUUAAUUUCUGAUGGAGACUACAAGACUUGCUAUCAAAUUUUAAAUACCAUAGAAUGUACCAAGGACAUAUUGUUAGGUAUAGGAGCUUUGGUUGUUGAAGGUACUUUUAAUACCUUGGAAGAUGCUGGGAAGAAAGAUCCAAUACAUGCUGGGCUGGAUGAGUUUGAUGAUUUAGGUAGAUUAAUAAGUGUGCUUCCAGAGACGGCUCCUGAAAUUUCUGAUUGGCUAGUGCAGCAUUUGGUGAAAUACAUGUUUGACAAGCCUGAGUUUUCAGGAAAAAUUACAUCGUUGUUUGGCUGUUCAUUACCAGAAUCAGCUACCGUCUUGAACAUGGAUGUUAUUUUUAAUUUUAUAUCUGCUGUUACUCUGAAUCAAUCAGCAGAAAUUUCAGAUGAUCCACGUAAAAGCAUAUUAGGGUCAAAAGAUUUGCAAAAAUUACUCAUUUUGCUUCAUGCUUGUGAUGAUGAGUCGAUAUCUAACAGAGCGUCUUUGAGUUUUAGGUGGAAUAUGGGUCUUGUGGUUGCCAAUUGUUCAGCGGAUGUUCUUUUUGAUGAAUUUGUCUGGUCCUUCGUUCCAACAAUGCUACUAGACAAUCGUAAAGCUUCAACGUAUAAAAAUGCAUUAAAGUUUUGGUUGAGGUAUCUAAUGAAUGGGACCUUUUCUAGACACUUAUUGAAUUUCAUGAAGUCUGACGGUUACUGGCAUAGUCUCCAAAUGGUACUGGAAAGUACCAUUCACGAACAUAGGAAAAUUGGUCUGUCUCUUCUUAAAUUGACUUUGCAGAACCUUCCACAUGACGUUUGGUUCAAAAAUAAGCUGAUAGCAUGGGAAGCUACUGAUACAAAGGUUCAAUUGGAGGCUUGGAAAAGAUUCGUCACAUUCUAUGAAAUUAUGGCUUUGGAUACUGCCCUGAAUCAAUUAGAAGCAGCAGCAGCAGACAUUUUGGAAUUGUUCAAAGAUCCAUCUAUACCACCCUCCUGGGGUGUUCUUUUAUUUUCAACAGGUAUGAAAUCUACCAUGGAGUCUGUAAGGCGCUACUCACUAAAACUGAUGCUUUGCGUUAAAGAUAGAUCAGUAUUUUGGUAUAACCCUGCUGCUUUAAGGUAUACUUUCAUGGUGAUAGCAAUGCAAGCUUCCAACUUUGACGUUUCUAAGGAUAAGUGUACAUAUGGCGAAGAACUUUCUCAGUUUGUUAAAGAUAUAUUGGUUUCAGAUUCUCACGAAUAUAGUAUUAGUGAUAGAAUUACGCUCAUACUACGCGUAAUUUGGCUUGACAGACCUUCUUUUGAUCCUGCAAAGAUCUACGUUGCCUUUGGACUGCUGAAAAUGCUAAUUGAAACUCAGUUUUGCAUUUUAAACCGUGAACACAUCAGCUUGAUUCAGAAUAUUUUAAAAAUGGAAGCCCAAGAUACAGUUUUCAAUACAACUUUACAAGCAAUAUGGCUAGAAAUUUUAAUGUUCACUGAUAUCUCUGAUACGGAUAUGCUACCAUUAUUUACAGCUUUUGAAAUACAUGUGUCGAUUUGCGGCUACAAUCUGAUUAUUCCAUUAUUCAACAAAUACAAAUACAAAUUUCCAAAAUACGAUCCCAUUAUUUUGAAUAACUGUGAUUCAGUCUUGGUGUAUCUAAUGUAUGGUGUUAUUCCAAGCGAUGUCAACAGAGCAUUUUUGUUGAAACUGGCUAAAGUAGAUAUUGAUCAUUCCCCGUUCUCAGAAGCAUACCAAAGCUGUCUACAAGAUUUUAUCUCCGGACCUUCAAUUGGAGAAUCUAGUAUUGAUUUUGAAACAUACGAUAAAAAUUUUGACGAUCUUUCCUAUGAGAAGGCGUAUGCUAUUGUAUCCUUUGAUGCCAUACCGGUCACUACCUAUAAGGUGCUUAAUCUGUCAUCUUUGUUUGAGUUCAUCAAAACCUCCUUUGAUCUGAGAAAACUUAAGUUAUUUUCCAGCUUGUAUCGCAACACUGUUCUAUCAGGAAACAAUUUGCUAAUUGUGCCCAUCGAAGAUAUAUAUAUCUUAUAUGAUACAAUCAAGAGAUCUUUGAAGGAUGGCAAUAAACAUGCUCGAAUCAAGGAUAAUGCGUAUGGAGCUUUUUUCAAUAUAUGCCAUUCCGUCGUCAGAUUAAAUAGUAAUGAUAUGGUCAAGUUAUUUUCUAUGAAUGGAAUAGUGGAUCAAAUAGUUAAACUAGCAUCCAAGAAUUUUUUCUCUGAUAAUGAUGAUUAUAUUGGGAAUUCAUCAAUUGUAUCAUUGUUUGAAUAUGUUUUUGAUUUAUUAGAAGUUGCAGACCCAGAUGAGGAGACCAAAUACUAUUUUUGCACUAAAAUCCUGAAAACACUGGAGGCAAUAUGGUGUUCUGUGUGUUCUUAUAGACUUAUUUUGAACCAAAGAGAUCUUCAUAUUGGAAUUAUUAGAACAACUUUCCAUCCAGUAGCGUUAAUUUUGGCUUAUGAUGAAACUGAAAUUUCUGAAAUCCUGCUAUCAUGUGGUAAAAACUUUAUUGAGCAAGCAUUUUCACGGCGUGCAUUUUUACCAUGUUUAACAAAUAGAAUAAAGCGUUUCAUUCAGACCUAUAAUGAUUUUAUCCCUAAGGAGCGCAAAUGGCUUACAGAUAUACUGGUAGCAUCGUUUUCCCACCAACAGGAAUAUGUCAAUAUUUUUACAAUAAAACCUGUUAUAGCCAAUUUAUUCGAUAGGAACUUCACUAGUUUACAGAUCAAAAACGGCCUAUAUGAAUAUGUUUACGGACCGGAGGAAGUCUCGACAAAGAUAAAUGUAAUUUCAUCAUUACUUUGCAGUUCAGAUGAUUUUAGACAUACUUUUUGUGUUCAGUUACUCACGAACGAUUCUAAUAUUGUAAAGCCAAAGAAGAAAACUGAUGGUCAAGAAGAAAUUCAAAGAGUGGCUAAAUGGCAAUUGUUAUUAUUAUCGAAACUUCUAGGGACAUUUAAAUUAACGAACAAUGUUAUAAAAUACAUUUUACCAUGCCUUGUGGAAGAAAGCUCCCCAUUGGUGAGAAUAUACGCGGAAUGGCUGGUUGCUCUAGAAUUGUGCGAAAAUUUCACUGAUGAGCAUCCAUCACAGAUAGAACAGAUUUUAUUCAAUCUUAUGGAAGACGAUAGAAGACCUGUCGUGGUUGUAAGUGCGGAAAAGGUAUGCUAUAUUGCAUUAAGGGCAUUGGAGAAAAACAACAACUCAGGCCGUUUACUAAGAAGAAUUUUAACUAUGUUAAUUCCAAACUGUGCAUCAAACAAACCUCUAAUUAGGCACUUUUCAAAUUCGCUGAUAUUAUGCUUGUGGCCUGAAUUUAAUUCUAUGAUUUCAGAUGAUACUUUGAGAUCGAUCAUAAAGAACUUGUACAUAAAUGCACAAAAGACCGCAAUAAAGGGCCAGUAUAGAUCAGGCGAUGCAAUAAUUUGGAGCAUAAAUGAUGACUGCAGCUUAACUAAUAUAUUUGGAGGUAUAAUCAUGAAGGUGACUGAUCAUCAAGUGCCAUAUAUUUCAAGAUCUCAAUUCGAAAACUAUUUAGACAAUCCGUCUAACUUACUGGUUGGUGAAGAUGAAAAUGAUAAAUGGUUAUUAAAAAGGGUCACCUCUACUAGUUCAAAUUCUCCGAAUAUCCAACAAAAAAAUUCCCCAUUACAAACAAAGAGUGGUGCGUGGGAAACUAUUCUAGAUAUAGAUAAAAAAGAUACAUCUGUAUCUGUAAAGCGCUCUGAGUUGAUCGUAGUAGCCUCUCUCGUGGAUAAACCUCCGAAUCUCGGUGGCAUAUGCAGAUUAUGUGACGUCUUAGGUGUUGGACUUUUAACGGUACAAGAUAUUCGUGUCAAAAACCAUCCGCAAUUUAAAAAUGUUGCUGUGACUGCUGACCACUGGAUGCCCAUGGAAGAAGUUCAAGUAGAGUGUAUCAUUGACUUUAUGAAGCAGAAAAAAUCCGAAGGAUAUACUUUAAUAGGACUGGAACAAACAGACCAAUCAGUACAACUAGAUCACAACUAUAGUUUCCCCACAAAGUCGUUGAUUUUGCUGGGUACAGAAGCUGAAGGUAUUCCAGGGCAUCUCCUCAGUGAAUUAGAUCUGUGUUUGGAAAUUAAACAGUCAGGAAUUAUCAGAUCUAUGAACAUUCAAACGGCCACUGCUGUUGUAGUACACUCAUACUCUGCCCAACACAUCUAA